UCAUGGAAUCCUCAUUACUACUAUCGCUCUCAAAUUCAACCUAAAUGCAAUUCACAUUAAUUCCAAAUCCAAAAUCAUCAUUUCUCAUUUGUCCCCUUCACACACUCUCUCUCUCUUCCAAUCUAAUAUCACCACCACACGGUGUGGUCUGCGUGAGGUUGUCAUCUUGUUUUAUAUUCUUCUCUUUCUUCCUAAUUUAACCCUCAAAUUUUAAUAAAAUUUCCAUUUCAUUUCACUUAAAUUUACUAAUAAUGAAUCUGUGGACUGACGACAACUCAUCAGUAAUGGAGGCUUUUAUGACCUCCUCCGAUUUAUCCUCCAUGUGGCCACCGGUGCCGCCGCCACAGCCGCCGCAAUCAACUACUGGAUUCAGUCAAGACACACUCCAACAAAGACUUCAAGCGUUAAUUGAAGGGGCAACGGAAACGUGGACUUACGCUAUCUUCUGGCAACCUUCGUAUGACUAUUCCGGUACCUCUCUUGGUUGGGGUGACGGUUACUAUAAAGGUGAAGAAGACAAAACAAAAGCAAAAUCAAAAACAAAAGCUACUUCACCCGCUGAACAAGAACACCGUAGAAAAGUUCUCCGUGAACUUAAUUCUCUAAUAUCUGGUAAUCCAACGCCGGACGAUUCCGCCGUCGAUGAAGAAGUCACCGACACCGAGUGGUUCUUUUUAGUUUCCAUGACACAGUCUUUCGUCAACGGAAGUGGACUUCCCGGACAAACUUAUUUUAACUCAACUCCGGUGUGGUUAACUGGCGGCGAGAAUCUCGCCGUCUCGCCUUUCGAGAGAGCGAGAGAGGGACAGGAACUCGGCUUACAAACGCUAGCUUGUAUACCGUCGGCGAACGGCGUGUUGGAGCUUGGAUCCACUGAAUUGAUUUAUCAAAACAACGAUCUCAUGAAUAAAGUGAAGAUGUUAUUCAAUUUCAACAAUAGCUUUGAAUUAGGAUCUGCGUGGCAGUUAGGGUUAGGUUCUUCUACAAUUGCUCAUCAAGGUGAGAACGACCCUUCUUCGAUUUGGCUUAACGAUCCUGAAACUAGAGAUUCCGUUGAUAAUAAUUCUCUUGCAGUAACAACAACAACAACAACGAACACUUCAAUUUCAAUUCCAAGUCACAAUAAUGUUACAAAGACGUUACAGUUUGAAACUCAUGGUUCAAGUACUUUAACGGAAGUUCCUGGUGCUGUUCAUGUUUCACAGAAGCAGAAUCAAAGUUUCUUUUCUAAGGAAAUGAAUGUUUUAGAAUACGGUGCGAGUAAUAACAAUAACAAUAACAAUCAGCAACAUCAACGUUUAUUGAAGCCAGAAUCUGGUGAGAUUCUGAGUUUUGGUGAUAGUAAAAAGAGUUCUUAUGUUGCUAAUAAUGGAAAUUCGAAUUCGAAUUUCUUCUCCGGUCAAUCGCAGUUAGUUUCCGUUGCUGAGGAGAACAACAAUAAUGGAAAUGGAAAGAAGAGAUCCCCAAAUUCGAGAGGAAGUAACAACGAUGACGGAAUGCUUUCUUUUACUUCCGGUGUGAUUGUUCCACCAGCCGGGUCGAAUUUGAAAUUUUCUGGUGGUACAGGUGGUGGUGGUGAUUCGGACCAUUCGGAUCUGGAGGCUUCGGUGGUGAAAGAGGUGGAUAGCAGCCGCAUGGUGGAGCCUGAAAAACGGCCGAGGAAGAGAGGGAGGAAGCCGGCGAAUGGAAGGGAGGAACCAUUGAAUCAUGUUGAAGCUGAGAGACAAAGAAGAGAGAAAUUGAAUCAGAGAUUCUAUGCUCUUCGUGCAGUUGUUCCUAAUGUUUCAAAGAUGGAUAAAGCUUCGCUUUUGGGAGAUGCUAUAUCUUACAUUACUGAACUCAAAACAAAGCUUCAGAAAACGGAAUCUGAUAAAGAUGUAUUAGAAAAGGAAAUUGAUGAAGUGAAGAAGGAGCUUCAGAAAAUUAAUGAAAACUCGUCUAAUCCAUCACAACCACAACCAUUACACAAUAAACCCUCUUCGAAUAAAGCUUUAAUCAAUUUGGAUAUCGACGUGAAGAUUAUAGGUUGGGAUGCAAUGAUAAGAAUCCAAUGCAGUAAGAAAAACCACCCUGCAGCGAGGUUGAUGGCAGCGUUGAUGGAGCUUGACCUUGAAGUGCACCAUGCCAGUGUGUCAGUGGUGAAUGAUUUGAUGAUACAACAAGCAACAGUGAAGAUGGGGGGUCGAUUUUACACCCAGGAGCAGCUUAGGGCAGCAUUGUCAUCUAAAGUUGGGGGUGUUUCAUGAGUCUGCAAAUUUGCUGCAAUGAGAAAUUGGGAAUGUUAUGUCUGUGAUUUCUCAUUCCUCCAAAGUUGUUGGCCUCUAGGAUAUUUUAUGGAUUCCUGGUAGCUAUCUUUGUAAACUAGUACUAGUGUUUUUGUUUUUGGUAGCUUAGUAUGAAUUUUGAGGUAAUUUAAUUUGGGAAGUUAAGUUGUAUUAAGAUGGUGUAAUAAUAGAACUAAAACUUACUAGGGAUAGUGUUCUCAUAGAGCUAGUUUUGAUGAAGUAAAAUUAAAACUAGGUGUAUUUUCAUCUGUAAGAUUGUGCAUGCGUGCCGGUGUGUGUAUAUAAAUAUGAAUGUAUGUAUGAUUCUCAAUCUCAUAAAUAGGUAACAUGGUGAAAAUUCUGAAUGUUAUUAUUAUUCUUCAAAUUA